GUUGUGAUCGAGUAAUAAAAACUGAUAAAACUCAAGAUCUUAAUAAACAUAUGAAUUUAAAUAGAAACCUUCGUAAAGAACAAUGCCCACCAGCUUUGCUUAUAAUGCAAAAUGUAGGAAACGUUAUUCCAGAGCAAAAUACACCUCAAACUGAAAACAUUACUCCAGAGCAAAUUCUCAAGCAACUCCUAAAG